UCAGAAGCCGCAGCCAAGUACGCCCAUGUUCUCUUGUUCGCCGUUGUUGUUGUUUUGGGCGGCGAAAUGAGCAGAUUUGUUUGUAAACUAUUACAGAGUGUUAAACAAACCAAUUCGGGGUGCAGAUACCUUUCCCUGUCAGCUUUGCGAAAUGCAGAAAGUGGAACUAAGGAUGCGACACCUGCUCGCACAGUUUUGGUGGAGAAGGAUUCGCACAUAACAUUAAUUGGCCUAAACCGCGAGCAACAGCGGAACUCUAUUGAUGCCAACACCGCUGAGCAAUUAACCGAAGCUAUAAGCCAAUUCGAGGCAGAUGAUACUUCCCCCGUAGGUGUACUAUAUGGCAUAGGUGGCUCCUUCUCCGCUGGUUACGAUUUGGAGGAACUGGAGGCGGAAGCACAGCGCGGGAGUCUCAACUUUCUGUUGCGUCACGAGGGCUCCAUUGGACCAACAAGGCGGCAUCUCCGAAAACCAAUAGUUUGUGGUAUCAGUGGAUUCUGUGUUGCUGGAGGAGUUGAACUGGCUCUCAUGUGUGAUCUUAGGGUAAUGGAGGACACUGCUGUCCUGGGAUUCUUCAACCGACGCCUAGGCGUUCCCCUUAGCGAUGGUGGAACUGUUCGCUUGGCCGCUGCUGUGGGCUACUCCAAUGCAUUAGACAUCAUUGAAACAGGGAGGCGCGUCUACGCCACGGAAGCCAGGCGAAUGGGUCUAGUAAAUCGAAUUGUGGCCACGGGCACAGCUUUGGGUCAAGCCGUCAACCUGGCCUUCUCCAUAGCCAAGUUCCCAAUGGCUUCCUUGAUGCACGACAGGAAUGCUUUGCUGGAAAAUGCCAAUGCCUACAACAAACACGGUUUUCAUGUCGCCAGCUACAACGAAAUCAUGAAUGUAACUUCAGACAUGAUUACAGAUAUGCAGGAGGGCGUAAAGCGCUUCAAGAACUCUGAGACAAAGGGCCCCAAAACCGACUCGUGGCACAUAAAGGAAAAAACCAUUCCAGAUUGGGAAAAAGCCGAAAUUGAGAUCGAAAUUCAAAAGCAGAAGACAUGAUACUGCUCCAUCGAAAUAUUUUUAAAAUCUCCGGAUAGUUGCAAUUCUUUGUUGAUAUUUAUAAAACGAAAGCCUUUAUUCACGUAAAAUACAUUUAUUUAAUGAUUUAUGUAGUUGACCGCCUAAA